AUGGCCAAAAACACCAAUAUUCGAAUCAGUCUCCCAGCAGUUUGCUUUGUCUGGCAGAUUGCAAUGAUUAUCCUGUUUGGUGUGUUCAUCCGUUAUAAUGAGGAGUCUGAGACUCGCUGGAUCGAACACAGAAGAAGGAAAAAUAUUUCCACAAAUUUAGAGAAUGACUUUUACUAUAGAUAUCCAAGUUUUCAGGAUGUGCAUGUAAUGAUCUUUGUUGGUUUUGGAUUUCUAAUGACCUUUCUGAAGCGUUAUAGUUUUGGUGGAGUUGGCUUCAAUUUUCUCAUCGCAGCUUUUGGAAUUCAAUGGGCUCUGCUGAUGCAAGGCUGGUUUCAUUACCUUGAUGAAAAUGAUGGGAAGAUAAAAAUUGGGGUUGAGAACCUAAUUAAUGCAGAUUUCUGUGUGGCCGGCUGUCUCAUUGCAUACGGCGCUUGCCUUGGAAAAGUCAGCCCAGUGCAACUGAUGGUUCUUACUCUAUUUGGAGUCACCCUGUUUGCUGUUGAGGAGUAUAUCAUUCUUGAACUCCUACAUGCAAAAGAUCCUGGUGGUUCCAUGGUCAUCCACACUUUUGGAGCAUAUUAUGGUUUGACCAUAUCUUGGGUCUUAUAUCGACCAAUGCUAUCGCAAAGCAGGCAUUUACAAGGAUCCGUUUACCACUCUGAUGUGUUUGCAAUGAUUGGCACUCUCUUUCUUUGGAUGUACUGGCCCAGUUUUAAUUCUGCUAUUGCAGAUCAUGGAGAUGGCCAGCACAGAGCUGUUAUAAAUACCUACCUCGCACUUGCUGCCUCAGUUCUCACUACCUUUGCCAUUUCAAGUAUCUCACAGAAACAUGGAAAACUCGACAUGGUACAUAUUCAGAAUGCUACCUUGGCUGGUGGUGUUGCGAUGGGAACAGCUUCAGAGUUCAUGAUUACCCCUUACGGCUCUCUGAUAGUGGGGUUCUGCUCGGGCAUUAUUUCCACGUUUGGAUAUCUCUUUGUGACUCCUUUUAUGGAAAAAACUCUCAAGAUACAAGACACUUGUGGAAUACAUAACCUACAUGCAAUGCCUGGAGUUAUAGGUGGUAUCAUUGGAGCAAUUACUGCAGCUUCUGCCAGUGAAUCAGUUUAUGGACAAGAAGGGUUGAUUAACACUUUCGACUUCAAGGAAGCCGUUGCUAACAGGACAGUCAACAUUCAGGGUGGUUACCAGGCAGCUGGUCUUUUUGUAGCAAUAGCAUUUGGCCUUGUAGGUGGAGCUUUGGUUGGUGGGAUAUUAAAGCUGCCAAUCUGGGGAGACCCAGCAGACGCCAACUGCUUUGAUGAUGAAGUUUACUGGUAGGUUCCUGAGGAUGAGGAUGAGAAUAUUCUCUCUAGACACCCAAACAUGAACCACACAAGAGGCAUGCCAGAUGC